AUGUCUCCUGUAGGACACCCCCAAACAUCACCGCCUACCCAGCCGCCCACACUCCCUGCAUGCCGAGCCGCGCCGCAGCGCUCCAGCCUCAGGGGGAACGUGUCUCCUGUGGGACACCACCAAACAUCACCGCCUACCCAGCCGCCCACACUCCCUGCAUGCCGGGCCGCGCCGCAGCGCCUCAGCCUCAGGGGGAUCGUGUCUCCUGUAGGACACCCCCAAACAUCACCGCCUACCCAGCCGCCCACACUCCCUGCAUGCCGGGCCGCGCCGCAGCGACUCAGCCUCAGGGGGAACGUGUCUCCUGUGGGACACCACCAAACAUCACCGCCUGCCCAGCUGCCCACACUGCCUGCAUGCCGGGCCGCACCGCAGCGCUCCAGCCUCAGGGGGAACGUGUCUCCUGUGGGACACCACCAAACAUCACCGCCUGCCCAGCUGCCCACACUGCCUGCAUGCCGGGCCGCACCGCAGCGCUCCAGCCUCAGGAGGAAUGUGUCUCCUUUGGGACACCGCCAAACAUCAUUGCCUGCCCAGCCACCCACACUCCCUACAUGUCGGGCUGCGCCACAGCGCCUCAGCCUCAGGGGGAACAUGUCUCCUGUGGGACACCACCAAACAUCAUUGCCUGCCCAGCCACCCACACUCCCUGCAUGCCGGGCCGCGCCGCAGUGCCUCAGCCUCAGGGUAACGUGUCUCCUGUAG